UCUCUCCUCUCCUAUGAUAUACAAUAUCAUUCUAUUGAAUCCAAUGCAAUUUUGUUGUUUAUAAGAAAAUCCGCAAACAAAUAAAAACUAAUACGAAUCUUAUCCCAGAAAAAUCUCAAAUUUUCAUAUUGAAGAGAAGAAUAUUACUUUUUGAAUUAUCAAAAGUAGUGCAGCUCCAAGGUUUAAAUUUUCGUAAAAGGUAGAAGAAAAAUGGAUUCUCCGCCGAAGACGCCACCACGUGGUAGUCGUUCACCAGGAUCUUCCUUGAUGGAUAAUCUUUUAGGUCUUUUAAGAGUGAAAGUAAUAAAAGGGAUAAAUCUUGCUGUUAGAGAUGUUCGGACAAGUGAUCCUUAUGUGGUAAUCAAGAUGGGCAAACAGAAAUUGAAGACUCGUGUGAUUAAGAAAGACGUGAAUCCUGAAUGGAACGAAGAUCUCACCCUUUCUGUUUCAGAUCCCACUUUACCUAUUAAACUGACGGUGUAUGAUCAUGAUAUGUUUAGUAAAGACGAUAAAAUGGGAGAGGCAGAAUUUGACAUCAAGCCCUUCAUAGAUGCCUUGAAGAUGAACUUAGAAAAUCUACCAAGUGGAACUUUAAUCUCAAGAGUUCAACCUUGUAGAAAAAAUUGCUUGGCAGAAGAAAGUCACAUUAUUUGGACAGAGUCAAGGACUAUUCAAAAUCUUUGCUUGAGGUUAAAAAACGUUGAAUGCGGGGAAGUCGAACUUCAACUCCAAUGGAUUGAUCUUCCAGGUUGCAAGGGCUUAUAGAAACUAUUCAUGGAUCAGAUCAACCCGACCGAUUUUAUUUUAUAUUUUAUGUAUGUUUAUAAUGCACAUAAAUUUGUCCUCUAAAAGUUUAAUAUAUAGAUCGACCUACUUCAGACCCAGGCUACAAAAGUUUUCUGAUAAGGAUGUAUUUAUACAAUUAUACUACUCCGUCCGUUUUUAAAUAUAUACUAGAAACAAUUUGACUUUUGCAUUA